CGCUGCUUACUCUUGUCAGGGAGAGAAAAGGCAGAGCAAAGUCCACUGACUACUUGAUGUGAACAGGAGCCCAAAGUUUGGUCAUCUAUAUUUUCCAGUUCAACUGAGCACAGACACCCGUGUGAAACAUGCUGGACGGUCUCCUGCUUGUCAUCAUCAUCAUCAUCGCAUACAAGAUCUACAAAUGGGUCAAAGGUCGUCCCAGGAUCCCUAACACCUCCGACAAGUUCGUCCUGAUCACAGGGUGCGACUCCGGGUUCGGCAGAGAAGACGCCCUACGGUUGGAUGGCCUUGGAUUCCGCGUGUUUGCGGCUUGCCUGACUGAGAAGGGGGAGGAGGAGAUAAGGCAGAGCUGCUCGGAGAGAGUCGUCACGCUGCGCAUGAACGUGGCCGACCACGAGAGCGUCAAGCAAGGAUUUCAGACUGUCAAAGGUCACCUUGGAGAUAAAGGUUUGUGGGGUCUGGUAAACAAUGCCGGCAUCUCCGGAAGAAUCGGUGAAAUGGAGUGGCUGGGCCUGCAAGAUUAUCAACAGGUCUUUGCAGUAAACUUCUUUGGCUUGGUGGAUGUAACGCUCACCUUCCUGCCGCUGCUGAAGAAGGCUGGGGGCCGGAUAGUCAACAUGUCCAGCUGUACCGCUAGGAUGGAGCCGGGGACGGGACCGUACGCAGCCUCCAAGUUCGCUGUGGAGGGAUUUUCUGAUGGUUUCAGACGCACUUUAAGAAAAGCUGGCGUUUCAGUCCACAUCCUAGAACCUGGAUACUUCAAAACAGCGAUAACCAAACCUGACAAUAUAGCGCAGAAAAUGAAAGCCGCGUGGGAUAACCUGGAACCUGAAAGGAAGGAAGAAAUAGGAGAGCAGAAUUUUCAAGCAAAGACCCAAGAUGUCUUGAAGCACCUGGACAUGAUCUGUUCCCCUCGGCUGGAUCUGGUGGUUGAUGCGAUAGAACACGCCCUGACUGCCGUCAGUCCGCACAGUCGCUACGUGUGUGGGUGGGACGCCAAACUCGUCAUCAUCCCACUGUCAUGGCUGCCAACCGACAUCGGGGAUGCCAUUUUUCAUUGGAUGACUCCUAAGUGAGAAGGGACCAGUGCAGCAAAACACUCAAGCUUUGGAUUGUACUAUAGUGGUUUCACCAACUGCAGUUUAAUGUUGCUUUCUGCUCACUGUAAAAAUGACCAAAGAACUUGGCAAAAUAAAUCAGACCUUUUGUUGCAUACUGUUUUUCCUGCUACUGUGAACACAAAAAUAACUUAGAUCAGCAACUUAAUGAAGUAAUGACAAUUAGCACACUCUUACUUAUCCUCAUGAUCAGAGAAUGAGUCUAAUGAGCCCCAACUUUUGUGGGAGCACUAAGUCAGGAGGCUUGUCUACUGGUGAUCUAGUUCUGAAAGCAGGUAGAAUUGUUACGAAAUCCAUAGACUUCUAGUAUUAUUAUAAUUCAAAUAGAAAAAUCAUUUGUGUCAUUAUUCAGGACAAGUACAAUUUGUCUUGAUAAUUAGUGACAUCUAUCACUCUUCUCCAACUUGAAUGAUUCAAACUGGCACAACAACUCACUUGAAACGUCUGGAAGCAAAUUUCGUUUUCCUAUCCAGCUGUAGAGAUCGAAUUGUAUUUGAAUGUUGUUUAACUGAGUGUCUAACCUACCUUCAUAAACGCAUGUAUUUGCGUCAUUGACCAAUUUGAACAGUUCCUUUUGAGUGCAAUAAUCGAAUGAUUCCUGUGUAGAUGGACUAAGUUUCAACAAGAUCAAUGUCACCAUUUUCUUUGUGAAUAAAAUGCACAUUUGUUUUGCUUUAA